UAUCCUUGGGUCUUAGAGCAGCAGUGCUGAAACUCUCAAGACUUGGGCUAAUUGAGGUCCUUUAGGGGACCCGGGGGGGCAAGCAGACAGACACCACUUCCAGGUCUGAACUAGGUCUGUUGGGGGGGGGUGCUGAAGUCUGGCAGGGUGCCAUUCCCUUCCGUGGUCCUUGUGAGCCUUACAGUCAUCCUUGGCCUGGUCCCGCCCUUGGGGAAGAAUGGGCCCCUCUGUCCGGAGGCCCCUGCGACGUGCUGAGCAUCCAGACAUGGCAAAGCGCCUGCAGGGUGUGGGGUCUCCACUGCAGGAUCCUGCUUGGUCGUUUCCGGCGGGAGAAGUGCACAAUGGGGUCUCUAAGGAGUAUUUCCCGCCACUGGCCCCAUUGUUGCUGUCCCUGCCUUCCUCCUGGGCCUCUUUAUUUCAUAAAGGGCAAGCGAGACCCUGGGCAGACAAAGCCAGUGGCCUGAAAUCCUUAAGUGAGGUGUGCACUAGGUUCCUCAGGCACCAACCAAGCACAUUCCUGCCACCUCUCCCUCAGUUCUGAGAAACUGCUUCAGCUCCAGUGCUGAGUGGAGUGGAGUUCCAGAAAUGGCUUUCUGUCCUUGCGCCCUCCCUUUAAGCCUUUCACCCAUAAUCACCCCAGUGGGCUAUUCAUUCUUUGGUAAGAAACAGACUGAGAGUGGGACACGGCUGGGGAGGGACCAGACAUAUGGUUCCUUGCUUCAGACUUUGCCAAUGAAGGUACCUGGUGGUGGUGUCACACCCUACACAGACCCUGGAAUGGCUACCUCUGAAUGUUUAUAGGCAGAUCGCUUAAAUAGCACCUGUGCAUAUUCUGGGGUUGGGCAGAGAGCAUGCUCCUUUCACUGAGACUGCCUGCUGAUGGAGUGGGAGGGGGAUGAGGGCAAGAGAUCACUCCUGAAGAGCAGGUGACACCAUUUUCUUCCACCAUCUAUCUGCCUCCGAGCUGGCUCCCUGCUGCUUGCUGUCAUUUCCCCAAAUUCCAUGAAGUGCUAAGGGCUUAGCCCAGCUCCUUUCCACCUGGGUGUGGGGGAAGACUGGCCGGAUGGUCUCAUGUUUGCUCUAGGGAACAAGCGAUGAAGGCCCCCAGAGUGGAAGCAGAGACCGCAAAGGGGGAUGGUGUUUGUGAGCAGGUGGACUGAAACCACAGGAACUAGGCUGGGAAAACCUGUGUGAACCAGAGCCACCUCCAAGUAGAGCCCUGGCAGCUGAGGAGCAGGGUGCUUUGUGUGGGUGCCAGUGUCAGGUAAAGUUGCCAGGGCUUUCUGGGUGCUCCAGGCCUGCGAAUACUGCCAGGAGCAGCAGAUAAGAAUAGCUGUGCCCAAGCAACCCUGUCUAGAAUUCUGUGUGGGAGGGCCCCAUUACAGUUCUUCCAGUGACCAGAUUCUGAGCUGGACGCAGCAGAGCCUCUCAGCAGAAUACACAUACUCCUGCUGCCUCGGCACAGCCGUCCUUCAGACUGUUUUGGAGGAAAACAUUCUGCACCUGGGAGACAGGGGGGUGGUCUUGGGCAUGCUCUAUUUGGGAGUCUCACUAUCUCUGCUGGAGAUAGCUGAGGAGAAUCAGGUCAGGACUGUGCAUAGACAAGGAGGACCUGACGUUUACUGCCAUUUAGCAGUGAUUGACUCAAGCCUUUCUCUAUUUCCAUGCUGGGCCUUACUAGGAGUCACUCAACCCUUUAUUUUUGAAGGAAGGAGAUCUUCCGGGCUCCUGGGCUGUCUUUCACCCCAGGCUGGGCCAGCUGCCAGCACCCAGCCUCUCACAUCCGGCCGCCUCCCUCCCUACUCACUAGACUGCCAACAUCUGUCUGUAUCUGCCCGCCCCUCUCCUUCGACCCCAGAACAUGCUCUAUUUCCCUCUUAAUUGUCGUCGCUGCCGGAGGGACUGAAAGGACGUCCUCCGUGGGUUGCUGUCGGGUGUUUGGUAGGCUUCAGGAAGUGUUGGUCAGCAGAAUCCACAUGAGAAUGACUCACAAUAAUAUUGUCCCCUGUUUUAACAGGGGCUGCGGGGCAGGAGCAGUAUGGCCUUAGGGAGACCCAGAGCUGAGAUUCCAUAUAGUUGUCUGCAGGGUAGACCCAGAGGCUGGCUGGCCUUUGCAGAUCUUGGUCCUAAGACCUACAAACCUUGUAAGGCUCGCCUAUCGCCUGUGUCACUGGGAUCCAAUACCAUUCCCCGGAACCCACAGGAGGGGUCACGCCCAGCUGGGCGGAGAAAAAUGAGUGACGGACUGGCCCCACGGGCUCCUUCCACUUCCGGCAUCUCAUAACCACCUCUUCCUAGACUUACACGGUCGCUGUCACGGUUGGGUAGGCACCAGGCAGAGAGAGUACGGCUCAGGCCGGCAGGGCAGCCACCUCCAGCUCCCGGCUGGGGGGCCUUGGAAAGGACGGCCCUGAACUGCGUGUCUCUCAACCAUGGAUCAUGACGAACCGGCCGAGGCCUUGACUGCGCUGAGUGAGAGGCGGCUGGGCUUGCUGGAGCUAUUGCAAACGGCGGCAGGCUCCGGGUUGGCCGCCUACACCGUGUGGGCGCUGCUUCUGCAACCCGGCUUCCGCCGCGUGCCUCUGAGGCUGCAGGUGCCCUACGUUGGCGCGAGUGCCCGGCAGGUUGAGCACGUGCUGUCAUUGCUGCGAGGCCGCUCUGGAAAAAUGGUGGAUCUAGGCUCUGGUGAUGGCAGGAUCGUGCUGGCGGCCCACCAGUGUGGUCUCCGUCCAGCUGUGGGUUAUGAGCUGAACCCGUGGCUUGUGGGACUUGCACGGCUGCAUGCCUGGAGGGCUGGUUGUUCUGGGAGUGUCUGCUACCAUCGAAAGGAUCUCUGGAAGGUGAGCCUCAGAGACUGUCACAAUGUGUCUGUGUUCCUGGCCCCCAGUGUGCUGCCACUGCUGGAGGACAAGCUGCAAGCAGAACUACCUGCAGGGGCCCGUGUGGUGUCUGGACGCUUCCCCCUUCCCACCUGGCAGCCUGUGGCUGUGGUGGGUGAGGGUCUGGACAGAGUCUGGGCCUAUGAUGUCCAUGGUAGUGGGCCAGCCGUGGCUUCUUGUGGGAUGCCCAUCAAGGCCAUCCCAGAGUCUACUUCUACCUCCAUCCUUAGGACUGUCGUUUGACAGGCUGGCUGACUGAUAUAAUAAAAACUCUGAGAGUUCAA